AUGGGCAAUUAUUUAGGUUUCCGGGGCAGCCCGUCGCCUAAGGAAAGCAAUAAGCAUCCGUCUCCUUUAAAUAUUACUAAAAGACACUCGGAGGUUUUAAAUGUUGAUCCUCGAUCCCCUAGUGAGGGGAUAGUUAGGACUCCAAUCCAAAUAAAUGACCCACGUUGGCCGUCUGCUGGAGUUAUUCGAACUCCCAUACAAUUUUCCAGUGUUGAGGAUGCAAGCCUCUGUGAUCUGAAUAACUUUGGAACUUUUGAUAGUGUUUUGACCGAGGAUGACUCAAUACAUCGAGGUGACACAGUUGACAAAGCGUCUGCACUGUCAGAUACUGAAGUCACGAACAAUUUGAAAAACGGUGCUCUUAAAAGUAAUUCAAACCGUAGAGUCAGACUUUCUUGGUUAGAGAAACGUAUCAAGCACAAAUCUCUGAAUGAUUCACCUGGUCUGUUUGUCCGGUUUCGACAUAAACAAAACUACGAAAAGUGCAAAACGCAGAAAUUCAACAUUUGCGGAGAUAGUGUAAGCCAUUCAACUGAUAGUGCUCAAUGA